AUGAGCGCAUCACAGGGAGACCUGCGCUCUAACCAGCGUGAGAUUCCCUCUCUCCCGCAUAACCGACACGAGCGCUCAUCUAUCACCAGUGUCUCUCCUCUCUCUACCUUCAUUACCACCUCUCGACCAUACCAGCAUGCCUUCCAACAUGGAUUUACAAGGCGGGAAAGCCUUCGGGUUGCUCAAAGCUCAGCAGAGGGAGAAGCUGGAAGAAGUAAAUAAGGAGUUUAUGGAAGAUCAGAAGUACCGGGAUGAGGAGGAUUUACAAGAGAAGUUGGAUUCGUUUAAAAAUAAAUAUGCAGAAUUUGACCUGAACGAUCAGGGGGAGAUCGACAUGAUGGGCAUGAAGCGAAUGAUGGAGAAGUUGGGUGUGCCAAAGACUCAUCUGGAGAUGAAGAAAAUGAUCUCCGAGGUGACAGGGGGCUGCAGCGACACCAUCAACUACAGGGACUUUGUGAAAAUGAUGCUUGGCAAGCGAUCAGCUGUUCUCAAACUGGUUAUGAUGUUUGAAGACAAAGCUAACGGGACCAGCGGUAAACCUGAUGGACCCCCACCCAAACGUGACAUCACCAGCCUACCAUAGAGCAGUGUGGAGAUGGAUUUGAUUGGCGUCCCUGCAUUCGCAAAUCCCUCCCAUUUACCGUUAGGUGCUAGGUUUCUAUAGCCUUACCUAGAAUCUUUUUGCCAAGAUCCAGGGAAAUCUUAGUUCAUAGAUGGACAAAAUUAAGGACAAAAAAAAGUGAAAGAUGUCUAUAUAUUUGCUGUGAAGAAGUCGAAGCGCAAAGUAGCUUUUUAUAAGUAAACAAAUGUAUAUAUUUAUAUGAAAAGGGUGUUUUUGAAUAGUGUUUACAAGCACAAAUCCUGUGGGUGAAGUACUAGUGAAAUUUAGUGUGUAACACUGAAAGUGUACUAAGUAUAGUGUGUAUGGGAUGACAAUUUUAGCUUGCAAGAUAGAUUUUAAGAAUUAAGAUUGAGAAUUAAGAUUUUUCGUCUUCCCCCAAAAUGUGUGCUUGUUUUUUUCAUUUCAAUAUGUUCAUGUUUUGCCAGUUCACUCGUAUCUGCAUUUUGUUAACUCUGCUCAACUUGUCCUAUAGUGUGACAUUGUAGAUGUGCGUGAGGCUCUUUUAAGAUUCAGAUAGUGCUCGGCCAUGAAACUGCUUUCCAAGGCACAGGGAGUGAGAACACUGGGAUUUGAGUGAGGGAGAAGGCAAAAAGGGAAGACCGUUCAUUCCUUAAACUUUGUUUGCUCAUUCUGCUCAUCCCUUUUUCACUCCACACAGUCUUCAAACUCUCUGUUUCUUGUCAUCCUGUUUGUGCGCGUCCAAUGACUGUAAUCUGUAACAUUGUACCGUAUAAGCACAUUAUCAGUUAAGUACACACAUAUUGUGCAGACAUGCUUUGAAUCACACUUUUAGGCAAGCUUUUAUAAAUUCUCCUGCUUAAAUUGGGAAUGAGGUUGUAGGAAGGAUGAGUCACUGAUCGCAGCUUUUUAGAUCUGUAGGAGGGUUGGUUUUAGUCACUAGAGCCGGUUAGUUUGAAACCACUCUUUCCAAGUGCCUCACUCAGUUUGAUGUAGCAGAGGUUUUGAGUGAAGAUUGAGUGAAGCAUCUUUGAAAUGGAUUUUGUUUGUGUGUGUGCGUGUGCUUGGAAUUUAUAUUCUGCUGAGUCGUUUUUUUUUUUUUUUUUUUUUUGAGACAUUCCAAGAAUGUCGUUGUGUGGUGUAGUCCUUGGAAAUGUUGUCAUGUUUUUAACCCAAGCAAAAUGUGUUGUGCAGCUUUGAUGCAAAUAUUCCAGUAGUGCUUUUGUCCUCUAUUUUAUUUUCCACUGGCCUCAAGGUUUUUUUGUAUGAGAUGUGCUAUGUAAGGCAAGCAAGAUGAUUUCAAGACAUAGAGAUCAGUCAACAGUAGCAGGUGUGGCUUUCACUUCCAUUUCAGAUUUUAUCUGCAAACAAAGCAACUCUUUAUUUGUCUCUGUCACAUCAUAUUUUAUAGGGUUUUUUCUGUGCCUCUGUUCAAAUUUAUCUCAAUGACGUUUUCAUUUUCCUCAAAUCAGUGAAGUGUGAAUUGAUGGCUGCACUGUAUUGCUAUUUAUUAGAAAUGCAUUUUUUAUGAGAUAUUAAUAGUUUUCUGUCAGCAUAUUAAUUAGCAGGGGCAUUUGUAAACUACAUUUUUUUUUUUUUUUUUUUUUU